ACCAGUCGUAAACAAAACUAUGGCCACUCGCCGAGUCCCUCUACACUUCCAGGGUUAUUCUUGCUGACUAUUAUUCCUGAUUACACCCUUAGCUAUUCAAAAUAAGAUGGACGUGAUGUUGGUCUUGUCUGUAUAUAAAGGGGAAGGUCUACGGACAAAGGAGGGUCACAGGGCGGUAGUGACGGCUCACCUACAGGAUCACGUGCUGGCUACCGACCCCGUACCUAUGACUAGCGGGCCAGAGUUUCGUCAAGAAGUGUCAUGGGACGUCAACACCACAACUCUCCAUAGGUACAAAUGUGCAAAGGUGCCCAUAAAGAUCGAGUGUCAUGCAGUGGACGCCAGCAAGCGCCAGAUGUUACUUGGCUACGUCAUCAUGCCCCUCAACUCAGCUGUCCGAGGAGAAAAGGUCGAACCCAAAUGGUACAAUCUGUUGGGAGGACCUUCAUCCCUCGGCAAGACCCCUGCUAGGAUACUGCUCAGCCUCAACAUUCUGCGUCCUUCAGGUUCUGCUGCUGGAGUUGACAUGGAGGAUAUCAUAAUGAUGGAUUUAGACCAGAACGAUGAAAGGGAUCGCCCACAGAAGGUAUCACAUCCUAGAGGCAUUCAUCCCCAACUGACGGGGAACAUCGAGGAGAUUUCCCCGUCUCACUCCAUUGGCACCGGUGGAGGUAGCUCUUACUCACAGACCAAUGACAGCAGUAGCCACAGGGGAACGAGUCAACAGGUUAGCGUCCAGAGUUCACCCUCCGUGUCCUUCAGGGAGAACGGACACAAGUCGUCGCAGCAGAAUGCCGGGGCCAGUAGUAACCUGGCGUUGGAUCUCCCCGGUACCUCCAAAGACAACAUGCUGAUAAUUCCUCGUUUGGGUGAAAACGGUGGAUUCUUCCAGAUUGGUCCCGUCGGUGAACCUAACGAAGGAGCUUUCCACUUUUCGGUGACUGUCGUGUACGCUAAGAACUUGGACCAGGUGCUCCCCAAGGACUUAGAAAUGGUGGAGGGUGAUGAGGUGCGGUUCUGCUACUCUCUGCUGGGCCAAAUCGUGUACACUGAUCCGAUAAAAGAUCUCAGGAAUCCAAAUUUCUUGGCCCAGAAAGCUGCAGGGAAGGUCUGCUCCACGUCGUCAAAUGUGGCAAUGUAUUUCAAGCAGCAUCCAGACCUCCCCAUUCACCUCGUCCUCGGCGACGUGUGCCUGGCGACCAGCUCCAUAAAUCUGUCGUCGUUUGAGUCGUUAGAAGACUCCCUGACGCCCGACAAUCCCUUGACGGUGGAGGGGACUUUCUCAAUGGUGCCGGCGAUGAUUAACCCCUUGUUGUGGGCACCGUCCAAACAGCCAGAGCUUGGGAUCAUCAUACAGCUCUCCCUCUCACUGGACACCGAAGCUGCCACCGCCCAUUAUCCCACGAUGAUAAAGGACAACUUCACCAGCGGGAGAUCCGCAGUCCUGGUCGACUACCUCUCCUCGGCCUCGUCCAGCGAUGAGGCGAGCGACGUGGAGGAAAGUCAAGCCAUAGCCUGGUCGAGCCAAAGCAGCAUGAGCGGAGGUCGGAGCCCCUCUGACGGAGUACACAACAAGAUAAUAAGGCGCGGACACAGACUGAGGGAUGUGUCUUCCAGGUGGCGGCACCAGCGCAAAUCUCUCAUGUAUGAGGCGGCCAUGGAGGUGGAAACUUGGAAGGAGAAUCAGCAGCACAUGUUUUGGAAGCUGUGGAGAGCUCGAGAGGCUGAACUGCAAGACCACUUGGCGUCUGAAUGGCAGUCAAGGAUCACCAGCGUGGAGGCACAGCUACAGCAGCGCCUGGACCAGUGUGAGGACUUACACAGGAAGAUCACGUCGACGCUGGUAAACCUCGGCGUCAAGGAGAAGAGCGUCGCCAUGCGGGAGGAGAAGGUUAAAGCAAAGAAGAAAGAAAUCUCGAGGUUACGGCGCGAGAUCAAACAGAGAGAGAAGAUGUCGAGACACAUGUGGACGGAGGAGACGGUGCCGAGAGAGAUGGAGAAUCUACGGGAACAGCUGGAGAAGGCGAUGAGGAAGAGGGUGGAACUGGAGAGACAGGUGAGAGAGCUGGAGGCGGCAAACAGGGCAGCCACCGAUGCUGCCGAGGCGGCUCAGCUCGGAAAUCAAGUCAAGGCGCAAGAGGUUGAGGCUAAGAGGCAAGAACUUCAACUCAAGGCACAAGAGACUGAAGCACUUAAGAGAGAUAAAGAACAUCUGUCGGAGCAGUUAUCAGCGGCCAUAAAGAGGAAACAGUAUUACAAACUACAGUGGAUGCGUUCUGUCGGCCAAGUCCACCACCUCCAAACAUCUCACAUGCAACAGGCUCACAACGUCAAGCUGGAGAGGUCGUCGCCAGAGCCGUACUUCGUCCAUCCACGACCCAGCAAGUGGCUCAAGUACAAGGAGGAGAACCACACCAGCCAGACGGAGAGGACCAAGCUGUCGAGGCAACAUUCCGACGCGGAGACGAACAAAGGAGCGAGCGAGAGAUGGAGGAGCAUGGGAGCAUCGUCAUCGCUGACCAAGAACCCACAGUUACAACGCACGCUGGAGAAGCACGUGACGGAGAGACAGGAACGAGAGAGGAUAGUUAAUAAACUCAACAGCAUAAGGGAAGCUAAAGACUACGACGCUGCCAUCCAAGAGGCGGGGAGUAAGAUCCGCUCCCUCACGGACAGGUAACUGGGAUGCGACGGGACCGAGGGCGGAAGUGCGGUGCAGGGAGCGGCGUAGGUAACUGAGUGUAUCCAGUCGCGUAGGUUGUAUUUAAAAGGAGAAGAAAUUGUGAAGGUAAGGGACAGAGUUUACUAUGUACUGUAGUACUGUAUUUUGAAACAUUAUUAUUACACUGUUUAAAAGUUUGUGCUGUACCGUAUGUCACGACGGUAGACAUAGCGUGGAGAAGAAAGUGUUUGUGUCUUGAGAAAAAAGAAAGUUUGACGCUUAGUGACCUUUACAAAACCUAGCAGUGGUGGUCUUGGGGCUAUGGAAUGAAGCUCUGGCUGAGUGAGAGUUAGUUGUUGGGGGACAUCGCUGGACACAAGUUGAGGACGUGAUAGUUGUGUCCUUCCAAGAGAUAGAAAAAAAUUUAGGAGUUUUGAAAAUUGAAAUAUUUGUAAAAUUUGUCAAGACACAAGUGAGUAUCUUGUACUGUACUGAAAUGUCUUUUGAGGUGUUAUGUAUUUUUCAUGUAUGGAAACUCUCAUUAUGUAUGUGUCGUUAUAUAGCACAAGACGUACUGUACUGUACUGUGUCACACUAGGAGACCCUCUAUGGUAUCUAUUUAUAGACGAACACCUAUGCUAGGUAUAGUUAGGAGAGACUCAGCCGUAUGUCAGUAACCGACCUGUCGCUGCUGCCGCCUCCAAGCCCUCAAGAUCUCCACAAGACUGGUUGGGUCGGCCACGGCCUAAGAUAAGUAAUAUUUUGAGGGUAAUAAUUAUUUCUCUGGGUUAUAGUUUUGGGGUAAUUGAUAUUUUUGUAUUUUUUCUUACUUUUGAGGAACAUUCAUAAACCAUUUCACUAAGUUUAAAAAGAUUACAUUAAGUUAUUUCCAAGAGUUAUUAUUUUGCAGGUCAUGUUGUGUGGUUGAGCAGGGUUAUGUACUGUACACCGCUCCACAUACACUACAUCUCCAUAUUUUGUUGUCCCCCAUGAUGAAAGUUUUGUUGUAAAUACAUUAUCUCUUUAUACUCUCAAUAAAAAGAAUUCACUGCCAUUUUUAUUUUA